AUUGCGUGGUCAGAGCAAAUCCCAGAUUGUGAGAAUUGUAAACAGUUGAGGGUUGCAUCGCUUAAAAGAGGGUUGACAAGAAUGGGGGUAUGUCCAUCAACGAAUCCAAUUGAUGAAGAGGACGAGGAGGGCGAAGAAACCUUUCGUAAACCUAAAUACUACCGAGGGAGAGAUGGUCCUAAGUUUCGCGUCAUGAACUUCACGAAAGACUACGAGUAUCGCCAAUAUGAACAUGCGACGUGGAUUUCAGCGCGUAUGGAAAAAAUGGAAGUCAACAAGGCGCUCAGCAAAGGUGAAAAGACCCUCGCUCGCUAUUUCAAUGGAAGAAACGGGCCGGAAAAAUUCAUGGAUUUGACCUGUCCCCUUAAACUGCGGAUGGAAUUCGGAGAAGACGGAGAAUUGGGCGUCGGCGAGUUCGUCCUAUCGCUGCAUCUUCCGUAUGAAAAUUCACAGCGACCGCCAGCUCCAAGCGAAGGCGGCUUGUUUGUUCAAGAUAUGGCCAGGCAUUUUGCUUACGUCUCAAGCUUUGAAGGCUUUGCUACCGAAGAGAAAUGGCUGGAAGAAAUCUUGACUUUUAAGAGAGUUUUAGAUAAUGAAGGAAAGAGGUACGAUAAAGACGCGGUUUUCAUUGCGAGGUAUGAAAAUCUUCUUCACCUGGGGAAGAAGAGAAACGAAAUCAUCUUCGUUGUUGCGAACGAUUAA